AUGUCAUAUGAACAACUUAGGCUAAUCAUGAAGGGGCCUGAGUCCUUGGAUGAGGUGCCCCAAAUGCUACAGUUAAUUAAUUCGUAUAAAGAACAAUUGGAUGGACAAAUUCUGGAAGACAUCGAGCAAUAUAAACGUAAUGUCGAUCUUAAUGAAGACCUACAAAGUUUACUACAACAAUAUCAAACAACUCGUACGAGGGCCGAGGAAACUAAAUCAAAAGUGAACUCUAUCACCAGUGCAAUUCUGCAUUUCGAUCAAUGCAAGAGGAACUUAGUACAAUCAAUGACUAUUAUAAAGAGGCUCCAGAUGUUAAUUAAAGCAAACGAGGAGCUAACAGUGGUUUUAGCGACCCAUGACUACAAGAAAAUAUAUCAUUUCUUUACGGCAGUGAAAGAUUUGCUAAACUUUUUCAAGCCCUAUAAGUCAAUUAGCGAAAUUAAUCAAUUAAGUCUUUCUAUUGGCAAAACUCAAAACAAAUUGGUAGAUGAUAUCUUUAUCGAUUUUGAAGAAUAUUCAAUUAAAAGUCAAGCAAAUGAGGACUUGCUAUAUGGUUGCUUGAUUCUUGAAUCCAUCGACAAUAAGUACAAGGACAAAUUAUUGAACUGGUUUUAUAACCAUCAAUUGAAAGAAAUUAAAUCAAUCUUCGAAGGCGAGGCUGGGUCAUUGGAAAAUUUAGAUCGAAGAUACGUUUAUUUUAAAAACACAUUAAAGGAAGUUCAGGAUGUGUAUUUAAAGGAAUUUCCUCAAGAAUGGUCUAUUGAUAUCGAGUUGAGCAAAAUUUUCUGUAACUAUACUAAACAGGAUCUCUCCGGUUUACUUAACAGCUCAAUGGAUUCAAAAUUACUUCUUGACAGCCUUACAACUACCUUGGACUUCGAAAAGUAUUUAAAUAGCAAAUUUGACACCAGCGAUUUUGAUCGUAUAAUUCUGAGAGUUUUUGAGCCUUUCAUUUCAAUUUGGAUUAAAGAACAAGAUAGAUCUUUAGACGCCAAAUUCUUAGAAUUCAUGUCGAUACCGAAAAUACCUCAAGAGUUCACCUCAACAAAUAACUUGGACGAGUUGAUUAUUCUUUUGAAAGUGAAUAAUGUUCCUAACAUUUCAAACUCCUCCGUUGAACUUUUCAGAACCUUUCAAAAAAUUUUAGCUAGACUUUUGAAAUUAAGUAAUGGAGAAGCUUUGAUUGAAUUGUCAAAGGUCUUUACGAGAUCUUUGUAUCGAUAUAAUGAUAAAAUAUUAUCACCCAUUUUGCCAGCACAAGAUGCUAAUUUGACUGGUAUUGAGCCCAUCAAAUAUUUAACAAUGUUAAUUAAUACUGGUGAUUAUGUUGUAAAUAAUAUAAAUGAUUUAGAAGAAGUAUUCAAAAAUGUGAUAGAUAAGGAGUACAAGGAUAAAAUCGUUUUUGAUCAGGUCCAAGAAGUAUAUUACCGAUUGAUUAGUAAAUCAACCGAUGCUCUUUUAACAAAGAUUUCUAACGAUUUGAAGUUCUCCUGGAGAGAGUUUUCGAACACAAACUGGACCAAUAUGGAAUCUACAAGGGAAACAUCAGUUUAUAUGAAUGAUAUGAUUAAGAGCUUGACAGAUAAUAUUAAGAUUAUUCUUCCCUUAAUUAUACGUGACAGUUUUAGUAAAAACUUCUGCAAUAGACUAGUCGAACUAAUAGUCAACUUAUUUUUGAAUAACCUAAACCUUGCAAAGCCCUUAAGCUUGCUAAAUAUAGAACAGAUUGAAUCUGAUAUAAAGGUUCUAAAAUCAAAAGUUGUCCAAUUCCAGUUAUACUCAAAUCCGAACUAUACUACUUCAAAGGAUGAGCAGACACCUUCCAACUUGUACAUAAAGUUCGUGAACACCCAAUUCAGUAAACUUGAUAUCGUCUUGAAGCUUCUUACCACUCCAACUUUACCCGUUGAUAAUUUGGUCGAGAAUUACUUUCUGCUCAUUGGUGAUAAAUCAGUUAAGAACUUCAAGAAGAUUUUGAGGUUGAAAAAUAUUGAGAAAUCUCAACAGCAAAAAUAUAUAGAGAGCUUCAAGCUUCAAUUAACCAUGGAUAAUGAUCUUGUGGAAGAAUCUCACAUUCUUUCGGUAAUACAAGAUGAGCUGGAGAAAGAAGAGAAAUUGGCGAUUCUGAUUCCCAAAAAUCCCCUGACACCAGAUACGAAAUCCCCAAAACUUCUCACAUCUAAUAUUAAAUUAAACAACUUAAGAGACUUUGCAUUAAGUGGCGAAAAUAGAUUGAAUGAGAAUUUCAGGACUUUCGGAAAGUUCUUUCGAAAGGAUCAUACUAGCGAAAAACCGUUGUGA